CAGAAAACAAGUCGUCUUCGUCUCUUUUAGAUUUGACAUAGACCUUGCAUUUGAUAUUCUCAUCUCAUCGUAAGAAAGAAGAUUUGGCCGUCAUGGAUCGUCAUCUGUUACUUUUCUUGGUCGUCAUUGGACUCGUGUCUCAUCAAGUCUCCGCUCAAAGGGGGUCGUGCGAAGAUUGCUGUGACUGCGGUUAUAUGGUGGGUGUCGGUUGUUAUUGCGACAGUUUUUGCCAGAGAGCCGGAGAUUGUUGCUCAGACUACACAACGGUUUGUGCCGACGACAACAGUGACUACUCAUAUGAUUUUUCAUGGCCCAGCGACUACCCCAGUGAAUAUUCUUACGAGUUUUCAUGGCCCAGCGAUUACCCCAGUGAAUACUCUCAUGAGUUUUCAUGGCCCAGCGACUACCCCAGUGAAUACUCUUAUGAGUUUUCAUGGCCCAGCGAUUACCCCAGUGAAUACUCUCAUGAGUUUUCAUGGCCCAGCGACUACCCCAGUGAAUACUCUUAUGAGUUUUCAUGGCCCAGCGACUACCCCAGUGAAUAUUCUCAUGAGUUUUCAUGGCCCAGCGACUACCCCAGUGAAUACUCUUAUGAGUUUUCAUGGCCCAGCGACUACCCCAGUGAAUACUCUUAUGAGUUUUCAUGGCCCAGCGACUACCCCAGUGAAUACUCUUAUGAGUUUUCAUGGCCCAGCGACUACCCCAGUGAAUAUUCUCAUGAGUUUUCAUGGCCCAGCGACUACCCCAGUGAAUACUCUCAUGAGUUUUCAUGGCCCAGCGAAAUCGACGUUUGCUUGUCGUCUCCGUGUCUGAAUGGAGGAUUGUGCCAAGCAAGCGGUGGCUCCUACUUCUGUUUCUGUCCUGCAGCAUUCUAUGGAGUAGAUUGCGAGCUUGGAGGAGAUUCUGGAAACUCGGUUUAACAACUUAUCUAGUAUCUUUGCCUAUUAUGGAUUAUAAAAGAUAACACGACUGUACAUGUAGCUUAGAAGUACCCUGAGCAUUGGAAAAUGAGGAGAAAGACCAUACAAUAAGGGAUCAUCUAUAAUAAUUCUACUGUGACAUGAGUAACGUUUGAAGGAAAGUUCAAUCAAAUCAAUUUAAUUUAUUUGGCUUUAUUAAAGGAAAAAAUCAAGUACGUACAAUCGAUAAAUUGAGAGUACAUUAUAGGCCAACACUUCUAAGAAGCAACGUGUGCUUGUAAAUGA